UCUUAUUUCUCCAUAAUUCCAUCUCUACUAUGUCCUUUUAGUUUGCACCCAUGUUUCUUCACUUCAACUCCAUCUUACUCUCCUUCUUUUGUGUAGUUAUUCAUCUUCAUCCACACCCACAAUCAUGGUGCUAAAUUCAAUAUCUGAGACCCAAACACCCCCAAUAACCCCACCAUGCUAAUGGCACCAUCACUUGUACCCCCAACACCCUCAUUUUAUAAUUCUUUUCAUAACUUCAACUGCUAUUGGAACAUGAAUCACCCCACUUCUUCAACCGAUAAACUCCUUCCUCAAAUUUUGGAGGAGAGUAAGAACUAUAAUGAGACCAAUGAUGUUGACAUUGAGGACAAAGAUGAGGAUGUUAAAGAGGAAGAGGAACCAUUUGUGAAGACAUGGAACAUGAGGCCGAGAAAGCUUGACAAGGAGCAAAAAAUUAAGAAUGAUUUGGUAAAUGCAAAUAAGUCACGGCGUAGAGUGACUCGUGGUCAAGGUAGGCCUAAAGUUCAAGGAUUAGUGCUUAGGGAAAAGGCUGUGGUUGCACCAAACAUGAAUGUGGAAGUGGUGUCGAAGAUGUCGGUGUUUUCGAUUACACUUAAGGCAAAAGAGAUUGAGAAGGAUUUCAUUUGCAUGACCAGGGCCAUGCCACCGAAGAAGCCUAUGAAGAGGCCAAAGAGGGUGCAGAAACAACUAGAUGCAUGCUUUCCAGGAUUGUAUUUAUCUUGUGUCCCUUGAGUUGUAUGAAGUUCUUGAUCCCC